AAAAAAAAGAACAAAAAAAAAAAAAAAGAAAAAACUCGGUUUCUGUUUCCGUUUCUCUCUCUAUUAUUUUGAUAUUUGUGUUAUGGUAAUGAUACUUUGUAUUUGUUGGUUAGUACACAGAAAAAAAGCAGAAAUCAGAAGCAGCACCCUCACCCUCCUAUUUCCUCAGAAAUCUCUUUAAGGAAUUUUCAGAACUCUCCUUCGUCUUUUCCCUUUCUCGUGAUCUUUCUUUUUUUCUUUUUUCUUUUAUUUUUCUUUCAUUUUUCUUCUCUAUAUAAACCCCCUCUUUCUUUCUUCUACACUAAAAUCAUUUUUUAGAAUUUAGAGAGAAAGAAAAUGAGUAGUAAUAGUUGUGGAAGAAAUGGAAGUGUAAGACAAUACAUUAGAUCCAAAGUCCCAAGAUUAAGAUGGACUCCUGAUCUUCAUCAUUCCUUUGUUCUUGCCAUUGAAAGACUUGGUGGCCAUCAAAAGGCAACCCCUAAGCUUGUUCUACAGCUCAUGGAUGUGAAAGGACUCACCAUUUCACACGUAAAGAGUCAUCUUCAGAUGUAUAGAAGUAUGAGGGCAGAUAUGGGAAGACAAGAUAGAAGUUGCUCUUCAACCCUUCAAAGAAAGGUAAGUAAUUUGGAAGAUGACGAGGGCGAAGACGGGUGUGUAGAAGAAGAAGUGGUAAAGGGAGGUAGAAUAAUUUAUAGAUCAAGAACAAUUCAAAGUCCAGCUUCAAAAAGAGUAAAAAUAGGGUGGGAAGAAAGAAUAAUAUCAAGAAAUGAAGAAUAUUAUGGUAAUGGUAAUAAUGGAGAAAGAGAGAAUAUAAAGAGAAAGAAAAUGUGUGAUUCUGAAUCAGACGGCUUUAUACUCAACCAAUCCGCUACGGCUAAUCAUGCUUUCAAGAUGAUGAAACAAGAGGCCCAUGAAAGAGCAGAGAAGAUUAAAGAAAGCAAAUGUUUUGAACUAUCUUUGUCCCUAUCUUUACAACACCAUUAUCACCAUUCAAGCAGUGAAAUGAGUGAAGCAAUUUCAUCUUCAAGUUCAAAGUUGGACGAUAACAAUAAUAAUGAUGAUUACAGAGAUAGUUGGAGUUGGUCCUAUGGAAGGGAACAGCCGAAAAUUGGUGUUAAUCUAGACUUGACGAUGGCACUUUGUGGUAGCCGAUAAGAGUUUUGUAUGUAAUUAAUUUACAUGUCCUAGGUUUUUUUUUUUUUUUUUUUGUUGAAUAUAAUGUUGGAAAAGAAAAACUUCAUUCUUAGGAUCACUCGAAUGCAGCUGUGUUUUUGUUGAAUAUAAUGUUGUAAAAGAAAAACAUCAUUUUGUAGUUUGUGUCCAA